AUGGAGAUUAAGCUGGAUGUUCUCAUCUCUACAUGUAUCAAGCAAAGAAAACCAUGGCCUCGUAUCUCAUGGAUUGGCCAGGAAAAAGAGGCUCUUUUUCUUCUAGAUGAUAAACAUAUAAAUGAAAUUAACCUGGCAUCAGGGAAGACGAAGAAAAUACCUCGGCUGCAGUCAUUGCUGAAAAAUGUAGUUGUUUUAACAACAUCAAGAAAUGGUGCUUGGUUGGCAGGAAUACUUAAAACAGGAGGGCUGUUUCUGUGGAGUAAAGAUCAGGACUGCUUGAAAAUUGUGCCAGCAAUUGAAGAGUCUAGGAAAGUAGUUGAAGCAGCACAAGAGUGUUCAAUGAGAUUAUACUUGUAUGUAUCUGGAGAUGGCAGAAGGGUAGUAUUGACUACUCCUACAGCAUGUGUCUUUUUGUGGGAGAGUACAGAAUGUAAGAAUACAUCCUCUUAUAAAGAUUCUUCUUCUGGGCGUUGGGUGCAAAUUUUGCCUGAUGAAUCAGUCAUGUUGCCUUCUGCUGAAGAAAAAGAAGUUGGAAUACAUGCUGCUUUCAUACAAAAUGAGAUACUGGGUGAUUGCUUUUUGUGCUCUUUUGUAUUUUAUUCUGAAGAAUGUUUGAUGCUCACGUUUUUGAUUCUUCGAUGGCAUGAAAAUAGCUUUAAAUAUGUUAGUUCUUUGCCAUACCAGAUCCACUGGGCACAGCAGAGCUGUUCUCUAGUUACUUUGGUUCCCCGGUGUGUGCCUGUAAAAUCAAGAGGCUCUUUGCUGUGCGCGUUUGCGAGAGAUGGACUUCGACUUGCAGUAGCUGUGAAUCAAAUUGAUCCAAAGGCAACUCAGAUUUUGUUUUUAAACACCCUGAAUUUUGUAACUGUUUCGGGUAGCCUUAAAGGUUGUAGUAGCAAGAGUAGCACAGUCCCAUCCAAGUUUAUCAGAUCUUACUGGGUUGGCGAUAUGAGCUGGACUCCUGAUAGCCUUUUUUUGGCUUGCAUGUUAAAACGUGGAUCUUUGAUUUUAUUGACGAGUAUGGGUGAGCUGCUGACCCUGACAACUUCUGGCUGCUCUGUAGAAUUUGGACCAGCAGAGUUUAUUCCAUUUCAUCCACUAAUAACAUACAGAGGGCAGCACUCCUUCUGUCAGGGCUCUAGUCAGUCUCUGGGUUCUUCAGCUUCUGAAAGUGACCUUAUGAGACAGAGAUUCUCUGUGGCUUCACACUCACGGUUACCCUACCUCAUUGUCUCUGAUGGAUACAUGGUAACAGUGCUCAGAUUUCAUAACAACCUUUCACCGUCAGCAUUUGUGAGAUCCCUUUUGCUUGAUUCAACCCAGCGGCUUGAAAAUAUCCGUGGGAAUUUGUUGAACUCCAAGCCUAAAGGCAGACCUCCAUGUCUACGAUCACUACUGUCUUUAAAAGCUAGUCUUUUAAAACGUGCUCAAAAUGAAAGUUCCAUCUUUCCUACCAUUCCCAAAUUCCUGGAAGAGUACACAACAGAAAUGACUGAGGAAACCAUGGAUUUACUGGAUUAUGAAGAAGAAUCUGAUGAUGAAAAGCAAUUUUGCAAUAGCUCUUCUCGCUUCCAUAGCCAAAGAAUCCAUUCAUUUGUUGCUAAAGCUGAUCAAGGCCAUGUAGAAUUUGCAUCAAUGUUUGAUACUAUCCAUGCGAAAAGCCAUACUGAAGAGAAGGAUAAAUUAUCAGUGGAUCUAUAUUCCAUCCAGAAAAACCUUCUUGCUGCAUGGCAGAUAGGGACUUCAAAAAAUAUGGAAGAGAAAAAUACAUUGCUGAAUUACACAGUGAACUGCAUUAUCCAUUUCUUCAACAUUCUUCAGUUUGUGAAAUGUCCUUUGCUAAACCAGGAUUCAUCUUUAGACAAGCCUGUGAAGAAUACCCACUGGAUGCAUUGUGUGCUAAAGUAUUUUCAGCAAUGUUUAACUGUCUUGUACUGGCAUCCAAGAGCAAAUCUGACUGGGCACGUGGCAAAGCUGACAUUGCAAACUUUAAAACUGAUGCUUAUGCAGCAACAAGAUCAGUUGUUCUCAGAAAGCCUUUUGGCAUGCUUCUGUCUUUUGAAAAUGGUUUCUCACACUCUAAGUAGCGUGUGCAUACUACAGUAUGAGCAUUUUUUUGCAUCUCCUCAAGCUCAUAGUCUUGUGGAACUGGACUCCCUCACUGUGCCUGUUUUCCUACUUCUUGAUGAAAGUACCAUGCAGCAAUUCAGCUCACUGAAAUCUGUGCUUAGAGAGACUCCUCAAGCAGUAAACCAUGGUGCAAAACCAGAAAAAAGGUUGAGUGUACUGUGGCAAUUAUUGUAUAAGAAAGUGGCUUGGUAUCAGAUGCAGCUGAACAGAAAAGUGAUCAAGAAUGCAGAAGAAGAGUCUGUUGUCUCAUCACUUUUAGGUCAUAUACAAGCGACCCUCCAGUCUUCAGGAGUGACCUUAGAACAACAUGGGAAGAUUAAUUCUGUACAUG